CACUGUUAAAUUGUAAACAGCUGUUUUUAUUCUAGCCGCACCGAAAUUAUGGCUCUCCGUGUUUUUGGUUUAAAUUUAGUUAAAACUAACAGAAGUGUUUUGCAAAAUGUAUGUAAAACAGGUGCCACGCCCACACAGCAAACGGUCGCUCCAUAUGCAACCGAGGUGACUGUUCAGGCUUCGCCGGCUGCCGUACAAAAACAAAAGGUCAGCAAAGCAAUGAAAGCCUAUCUAAAGCGUGCCAAUGAACACGAUGAGUUCAUGAAGACGCAGCACUUGGAAUUUCAAAUUGGCAAACGUCAUUUGGCCAACAUGAUGGGCGCCGAUCCAGAGACAUUCACACAGCAAGAUAUCGAUGAAGCCAUCGAAUAUUUGUUUCCCUCUGGCCUGUUUGAUAAGAAAGCCCGCCCAGCCAUGAAAAGUCCAGAUGAGGUCUUCCCAGCCCGCAAGGCAGCCGAAUUUGAUGAGACAGGUCGUCCCUUUCACAGCAUGUUCUACACGGGAAACCCAAAUUUCUUUCAACUACUUCACGAUAUAGUUCAGGAAACGAAUAAGAUUCACGAACUAGAAGAACGCCUACUACGUCGUGGCAAUACACCCGAUGAGAAUCAGAAACUUGAUACUACUGGCUUUCAGCUUAUGCCAAAAGAUCAAUUGGAAUUAUUGCUUGUGGAAAGUAUUGCCGACAUUGAGUACUCGAAUUUCGUUAACAGUAUGGAACGUUUAAUCGCCUUACCAUAUGCCUAUAAAAGUAAAGAGUUUAUUGAACGCUUUUUGAAACCCUUAAUGGAUCAAUCGAAACAAUUGGAAAUACCAAAACCACGAAUUGAUGAGCAGGGACGUCAAUAUAUAACCACAUACGAGUGUUUGCGUAAAACGGCAAGAGCAGAUGUCACUGUACGUAUGCCAGGUACAGGCAAAAUCAGCAUUAAUGGUCAGGACAUCUUUUACUUUCCCGAGGAAAAAUGCAGAGAACAGCUACUCUUCCCACUGCAAUUUAGCCAAAUGCUGGGCAAAGUCGAUAUAGAGGCCAAUGUCGAGGGCGGUGGUCCAUCCGGUCAGUCGGGCGCCAUUCGAUGGGGCAUUGCCAUGAGUUUGCGCAGUUUUGUUGAUCAAGAAAUGAUUGAGUCCAUGCGUUUGGCCGGCUUAUUGACACGUGAUUAUCGUAUACGUGAGCGCAAGAAGUUCGGACAGGAAGGAGCACGCCGCAAGUACACGUGGAAGAAGCGCUAAAUGUGGAUCACGUGGCAUGCAAAAUGAUUGGAAGUGAAGCCGCAUUUUAUUCUUUGGAGCAAAUGUUUUAAUAAAACCCUUGUUAACUAAUA